UCCGGAAACAGCCGAACGGCUGUCGGAACUCUUCGCGAGCCAAUCAGGAGCAGCCGAGCCGGCGAAGGCGGUGGAUGAGCUUCGGGUUUUUCCGGAAAGCUCCAGAGACUCUUCGGCGAUUUCCGGCGAGCGCUCGUGUAUUUCCGGCGGCCGGCGAAGAAGCGGUUCGGCUGGCGAGCCGCGGAGGAGAGGGGAGGGGGGAGAGAGGCAGGCAGCGCCGCCGACGUCACUUCCGGCGGGUGACGGAGCGACGGGUCAGAGGCGGCAGCAAAAUGGCGGCGCCUGAGGAGCGGGAGCUGACGGCGGAGCAGACCGAGAAGCUGCUGCAGUUCCAGGACCUGACCGGCAUAGAGUCCAUGGACCAAUGUCGCCACACGCUGGAGCAGCACAACUGGAACAUAGAGGCAGCUGUGCAGGACCGACUGAACGAGCAGGAGGGUGUCCCAAGUGUCUUUAAUCCACCCCCAUCUCGGCCGUUGCAGGUCAAUACAGCCGACCACAGGAUCUACAGCUAUGUUGUCUCAAGGCCACAGCCAAGGGGCCUGCUAGGAUGGGGUUACUACUUCAUGAUGCUUCCAUUCCGAUUUACCUACUACACAUUACUUGAUAUAUUUAGGUUUGCUCUGCGUUUUAUACGCCCUGAUCCUCGUAGUCGGGUCACUGACCCGGUGGGUGACAUUAUUUCCUUUAUCCAUAUGUUUGAGGAAAAAUAUGGGAGGAUACACCCUGUCUUCUACCAGGGAACCUACAGCCAGGCACUGAACGAUGCCAAGCGGGAGCUGCGCUUCCUGUUGGUGUACCUGCAUGGAGAUGACCACCAAGACACAGACGAAUUCUGCCGCAAUACGCUGUGCGUACCUGAGGUGAUCACCCUCAUAAACACUAGAAUGCUCUUCUGGGCGUGCUCAACCAACAAACCAGAGGGAUACCGAGUCUCCCAGGCUCUGCGAGAGAACACGUACCCCUUCCUGGCUGUGAUCAUGCUGAAAGAUCGCAGGAUGACGGUCGUUGGGCGGCUAGAGGGCCUCAUCCAGGCUGAUGACCUCAUUAAUCAACUGAUAUUCAUCAUGGAUGCCAACCAGACCUACCUGGUGUCUGAACGUCUGGAGAGGGAAGAGAGAAACCAAACCCAAGUCCUGAGGCAGCAGCAGGACGAGGCGUAUCUGGCAUCCUUACGUGCAGACCAGGAAAAGGAGCGCAAGAAGAAGGAGGAACGGGAGAGGAAGAAGAAGAAGGAGGAGGAAGUACAGCAGCAAAAGCUAGCAGAGGAGAGACGGCGGCAGACGCUGCAGGAGGAGAAGGAGCGGAAGUCCGAAUGCCUUCCUCCUGAGCCACAUCCCGAUGACCCAGAGAGUGUUAAGAUAAUUUUCAAGCUGCCUAACGAUUCCAGAGUGGAGCGGCGAUUCCACUUCACACAGUCAUUGACGGUGAUCCACGACUUCCUGUUCUCCCUGAAAGAAAGCCCGGAGAAGUUCCAGAUCGAAGCCAACUUCCCUCGCCGCGUCCUGCCCUGCCUCCCGACAGAGGAGUGGCCCAACCCACCCACGCUGCAGGAGGCCGGACUCAGCCACACGGAAGUCCUCUUUGUGCAGGACCUCACGGACGAUUGACACUUUUCCAGAAGCCAGAGAUUGGAAGAGAAAUUCAUAUUAUUAUUAUAAUACGAUAUUUUUUUUAAAAAAGACUGCGUACAAACAAGGGAUCAGAGACCACAUCGCCUGUGCCAGCUGUGCCGUGGGCGCGCGCUGGCAAGAGGAAGUGUGUGCACGUCCUCACACACCCCUGUACACAGCCAUCCCCUACACUUGGAGGGCAGAGAGGGAGGGGAGCGGGUGUCGCCCCUCCGCCCUCCCUGGGGAAGAACAGGAAUGGCAGCUCUCGGUAAUUAUUGCUUUUAUUGACAAGAAUAAUAAUAAAACCCCAACAACCUGACAUCUCGUGAAGAUUUGAUCCUCUGCUGCUCCUGACAGCCAGAAGACCAGGCACCUGAACGUGCUGGGAGUGGGGUGGGGGAAAGGGCUGGACAGAACCUCUUCAGCUUCCCUCUGUGUAUAAAUACUUUUCUUUUAAUAUUUCUCUUGCUUUGUAAUGACCAAAGGAGAAGGGGGUUGACUCUAGUAUUAACUUUUUGAUAAAGAGCUGGUUCGAUUCUUACCCGUGUGGGAUCUUGCCCAGGGUUCUUAGCCUGCAUAGUGUAAUAAACUCUGCCUCUAGCA